CACAAUCCCCCAUUUAGAGAGAAGACGCCUCCUGCCACUCUGGAUUUUUCAAUCUCUGAUUCAUUUCUGUUGGAAUAAACUAAAACUCGCCACGACUGCACCAUCUGGGAACUUUUGGGAUUUUUUUUUUUCCUUAGGGGGAGAAGGAAGCUUUGGAUUUAAUUUGACCGGGGAGGAAAAAAGAAGAAGAGCAGGGCUGAAGCCUGCGGGGGCUGACUUGAGGUGCCGCGAUGGGAAACCGGGGGAUGGAAGACCUGAUUCCCCUCAUCAACAAGCUGCAGGACGCCUUCAGCUCCAUCGGCCAGAGCUGCAACCUGGACCUGCCGCAGAUAGCGGUGGUCGGCGGCCAGAGCGCAGGGAAGAGCUCCGUGCUGGAGAACUUCGUGGGGAGAGACUUCUUGCCCAGAGGAUCCGGCAUCGUCACACGUCGGCCUCUCAUCCUGCAGCUGGUAAACAGCAAAGCGGAGUAUGCAGAGUUCCUGCACUGUAAGGGACGCAAGUUUGUGGAUUUCGAUGAAGUCCGGCUGGAGAUCGAGGCAGAAACCGACCGGAUAACUGGAUCCAACAAGGGCAUCUCUCCAAUUCCUAUCAACCUCCGGGUCUACUCUCCUCAUGUGCUCAACCUGACGCUGAUCGAUCUGCCGGGAAUGACCAAAGUGGCCGUGGGCGACCAGCCGGUCGACAUCGAGCAUCAGAUCAGAGACAUGCUGCUGCAGUUCAUCACCAAGGAGAGCUGCCUGAUCCUGGCCGUCACUCCGGCCAACACCGACCUGGCCAACUCCGACGCCCUGAAGAUCGCCAAGGAGGUGGAUCCCCAGGGGCUGCGCACCAUCGGCGUGAUCACCAAGCUGGACCUGAUGGAUGAGGGGACUGAUGCGAGAGACAUCCUGGAAAACAAACUGCUGCCCCUGCGCCGAGGAUACAUCGGGGUGGUGAACCGCAGUCAGAAAGACAUCGAUGGGAAGAAAGACAUCCGCGCUGCUUUGGCUGCAGAGAGGAAGUUCUUCCUCUCCCAUCCUGCUUACAGACACAUAGCAGAACGCAUGGGCACGCCACACCUGCAGAAAACCCUCAACCAGCAACUCACCAACCACAUCCGCGACACGUUGCCAGGGUUACGCAACAAGCUGCAGAGCCAGCUGCUGUCCCUGGAGAAGGAGGUGGAGGAGUACAAGAACUUCCGCCCUGACGAUCCCGCUCGCAAGACCAAGGCCUUGCUUCAGAUGGUGCAGCAGUUCGGUGUGGACUUUGAGAAGUGCAUCGAGGGCUCCGGAGACCAGGUGGACACCUCCAACCUGUCCGGCGGAGCCAAGAUCAACCGCAUCUUUCACGAGCGCUUCCCGUUCGAGCUGGUGAAGAUGGAGUUCGACGAGAAGGAGCUCAGGAAGGAGAUCAGCUACGCCAUCAAGAACAUCCACGGAGUCAGGACAGGCCUGUUCACCCCAGACAUGGCCUUCGAGGCUAUAGUGAAAAAGCAGGUCAUUAAGCUGAAAGACCCGUGUCUGAAAUGCGUUGACCUCGUCGUCACCGAGCUCGUGACCCUGAUCAGGAAGUGCACUGAAAAGCUCGGUUCGUAUCCUCGGCUGAGAGAAGAGACGGAGAGAAUCGUCACCACCUACGUCAGAGAGAGAGACAGCAAGACCAAAGACCAGGUGUUGCUGCUGAUUGACAUUGAGCUCUCCUACAUCAACACCAACCACGAGGACUUCAUAGGAUUCGCCAACGCCCAGCAAAGAACUGCCGCCAACGCCACCAAGAAGAGGGUCAUGCCCAAUCAGGGAGAGAUUCUUGUCAUCCGCAGAGGCUGGCUCACCAUCAACAUCAGCAUCAUGAAGGGGGGAUCCAAGGACUACUGGUUCGUCCUGACCGCCGAGUCGCUCUCCUGGUACAAAGACGAGGAGGAGAAAGAGAAGAAGUACAUGCUGCCGCUGGACAACCUGAAGCUCAGGGAUCUGGAGAAGGGCUUCAUGUCCAGCAAGCACGUCUUUGCCAUCUUCAACACGGAACAGAGGAAUGUGUACAAAGACCUGCGUCAGAUCGAACUGGCCUGUGACACUCAGGAGGAUGUGGACAGCUGGAAGGCCUCCUUCCUCAGGGCCGGCGUUUAUCCAGAGAAAGACCAGGGUGAGAACGAAGACGCCAUGAAUCCGAGCGACACGGUGUCGAUGGACCCCCAGCUGGAGCGACAGGUGGAGACCAUCCGCAACCUCGUGGACUCGUACAUCGGAAUCGUCAACAAGACCAUCAGAGACCUCAUGCCCAAGACCAUCAUGCACCUCAUGAUCAACAGCGCGAAGGACUUCAUCCACUCGGAGCUGCUGGCCUACCUGUACUCGGCCGGCGAUCAGGGCAGCCUGAUGGAGGAGUCGGCGGAGCAGGCUCAGAGGAGAGACGAGAUGCUGAAGAUGUACCACGCCCUGAAAGAGGCGCUGGUCAUCAUCGGGGACAUCAGCACCACCACCAUCUCCACCCCCAUGCCUCCGCCCGUAGACGACACAUGGCUAGCCAAAGAACCCAGCCCUCCGCCAUCGUCCCGUCCCGCCACCUCAACGGCGCCCCCUCCCAGCCGACCCCCGGCAGUCCGAGGGCCCACGCCCGGCCCCCCACCCCCGCUCAACCCCUCGCCGGCGUUCGGCGCCCCGCCCGUGCCGUCGCGGCCCGGACCGCCGCCGGACUCCUCGGCCGUGCCGCUCAUCCCGUCGAGGCCGGCCCGCGUGCCGCCGGCCCUGCCCCCGGGGAUUCCCAGCAGAAGACCCCCGGCUGCUCCCAACAGGCCCACUGUCAUUCGUCCUUCAGAGCCCUCCCUGCUUGACUAGAAAAAAAAAAAACACACACACACACACACACACACACACACACACACACACACACACACACACACACACACACACACAUCUUUGUUUUCGUUGGUUUUGCAGACUGUGUUUACACUCACAUGUUGAUCCCCAGUAGAAAUAGUCACUAAAAUCUUUGAUUUCCCUGGAACUGCAGACUACUGUAAGUGGUAAUCUGAUGCUGUUUCAGUCUGUGCAUUUCAGAAACAUUUUGUAUGUAAUUGUGGUUGUAUGUGAAGAUAGCUUUUCUCUUUUACUUUUUAACAAUAUGAUACAUUCAUUUUUUGCAUCAUUGCUACAAAAAGGGAUAAAUUUGAUGAUGUUAGUCAAUUAUAGGCGAUGUACCAGUCGGUAUCUUUCAUUGUUCUUAUUUCAUUUGAAAUGAAAUACGUCUUAAACCAAUAUAUAGCAUAACUUUUUAUAUUAUGGUAAAGAAAAACAAACACAUUUUAGAAGUAAUAUUCCUGAAUUGUAUCCUCGCUAAUGUUGCUAUUUUCACACACUAAGCACCUCAAUAUGUAAGCAGCACUUUUUUUUUUUUUUCUGUUUUUACGAAAUCCUCAAAAUUUUCUCAGCUUCUCCAAGUUAACUGAAUGUUAUAUGCUUCAGUAUUUUGUAUGCUUCAGUAUCUUUGGCGUAUUACUAAGAAUGUUUAAUGUAUGCGGUAGUUCUGUUUAGUGUUUGCAUUUUGUGGACCAGUCAAAGUAAGUCGUGCUGCAGCAGUGUGUCGUCUUCUGGUAGGAUGAUACUGAAGCGUUCUGCAGCAUAGUAACAAAAAAAAAAAAAUUGAAAAAGUGAAGUUUUUGUGGAUUAAUGGAAAGUUUGGGGAUGUACGGUUGUACAGUGGUUAGCAGAGCCAG